GGUAAAUGUCAAAAUUGUCAAAAGCUACAAUGUCAGUAUCACGUUGCGCAUUAACGUAUUCGUGGUUAUCCACAACUGCGAAGCGAUUGUAUUCAGUAGGCAGUACAGAAGUUGGUUUUAGUGCUAAGUGUCGUAGAUACGCGGCGUCAACUGCACCGUCUCACCAGAGCAGGACUCGAGUCAACAUGUACACCGCCGAAGAGAGAGGAUCAGAGUACACACCGGAUUACCGGGUAUACUUCAGGGACGAGCGCGGGCCGAUCUCUCCGCUGCACGACGUGCCGCUGUGGGCGGACCGCGAGCGGCGGCUCGUGAACAUGGUGGUGGAGGUCCCGCGCUGGUCCAACGCCAAGAUGGAGAUCAGCCUCGGCGAGCCGCUCAACCCCAUCAAGCAGGACGUCAAGAAGGGCGCGCUGCGCUUCGUGCACAACGUGUUCCCGCACCACGGCUACAUCUGGAACUACGGCGCGCUGCCGCAGACCUGGGAGAACCCGCAGCACGUGGACGCGGCCACGCAGGCGCGCGGGGACAACGACCCCGUCGACGUGAUCGAGAUCGGCGAGCGCGUGGCCGCGCGCGGCGACGUCUACCCGGUCAAGGUGCUCGGCACGCUGGCGCUCAUCGACGAGGGCGAGACCGACUGGAAGCUGGUGGCCGUGGACGCGCGCGACCCGGCCGCCUCGCAGCUGAACGACGUGGCCGACGUCGAGCGCCUGUUCCCGGGGCUGCUGCGCGCCACCGUCGAGUGGUUCCGGCUCUACAAGGUGCCCGACGGCAAGCCCGUCAACAAGUUCGCCUUCGACGGCGAGGCCAAGGACAAGGAGUUCGCCUACAAGGUCAUAGACGAGGUGCACGAGUUCUGGCGUUCAUUGGUGAAGGGUGAGGUGUCCCACGCCACGGAUAUCAACAAGACCAACGUGACGGUGGACGGCAGCCCCGGGCGGAUCGAGCGCCCCGCCGCCGCCGCGCUGCUGGCGGCCGCGCCCGCGCGGGGGGCGCCCGCCGCCGCGCCGCCCACAGGUACGACCCCCCGACAGGGACCA